AUGGGCUCCGGAAUCGCUGACUUGGAGGCCAAACUGGAGCGUCUACCAAGAAUUUCAGCACCGCUGCCACCCGUCAUUACUGCUCCUCCUGUCAAACAAGAACUGCGUUUGCCUCAUACAGCCAAUUCUGCUGGCCCAUGGUCCUCGGGCAGCCCUUCCGACUCGAUUCUCGAGGCGAGAAUGGUAAGGAGGAAAUACAGCCAACUGUCAGGAGAUCAAAGCUAUUUGAAAUCAAAGGAUCACUUGUUGAAGCCACUGGAUCGUGUUCAUAAGCGCACCAUUUCAGCGCCAAACCCUGCAGCAGGCUCUGUACAGUCGUUCAACAGGGCCCCAGCAACUCUGCCACCCCUUACAGCCAGACAUUUUGAGACCGCAGCGCUCCCUUCGCCACAGAUAAAUACAGUCUAUGAGCGUCCAGGCCUUGAGCAGUAUCCUUGGGCACAAUCGGAAGAACGUUCACCAGCCCCAAGCAUGACGACCAAAUCCACCUUUGAUCCUCAGGAGAGUGGUCAGGUUUUGCCUGACAGAAGUUUACCAGCAGCAAACUAUGCCAACUCAAACGAUCGCGUCAUCGCAGCAUGUCGUCGCUUCAGGAAGGUUGAUGUCAACACGGCUCUUGAAGGGGGCGACAUCUGUAUGGCAGUCGAAAACUGCACAACCGGAUCCGUCCCGCGUAAGGUUAUCUCACACCUUUUCGGUCGCAACAAGGUUUGUACCCGCCGAAUACCUGAGCGUGUCUGGGUAUGCAUGUGUCGCAAACACUAUCAGAGGAUUCGUUAUCGCACGGGAGCCGAUUUCAGCGUAACUCAAAUCGGUAUGGUAUACGAACAGAUUGUUAGAAUGAUUUUCUGGAGCCGCGGACUGGAGAACUCAAACAGAACCAACCAAGAGGGCAUCGCUAUUCGAUCAUGGACAUUCUCGAUUCGCAGGCGUGAGGUAAAGCGCAUGGCAGAUACGAACGGCCGUGACCUCAUUCCUCGUUGGAUUAUGCAGAGCCUUGGAGAAGGUAAGACACACGACGAGAUCUUGGACGUUGUUGAACGUCUUCAUCAUGAAAUUCAACAAGGAACGCUCAAGGACGUCCCGCCCGUUGAAUUUCUUCCGGAGGUUGUUGAUGCUUUCACAAACGCACCUGCUCAACUUCAGACACAAUUUUCGACCGGAGGUGAAGUUUCUUUUGCCACCCAUCCUGGACGCCCUCUGGACACGGGGAAUGCAACUGAGUCCCCGGUCUCAUUUGUCAAAGAAUCAUCACCCCUCGAACCAGUACAGGAGGAAGGGUACAUGAGCGAGCGAAGCAGCGCCAAAUCAACAGCCUCACCUAACCCUCCCGCUGCUUACAAUGGAACUCGAUCCGUUUAUCAGCCUCAAUCGCACAUCGACAAUGUGCCUCAUCGACGCACUUCUUAUGCAUUCGGCACUCGGUCUCCUUUCACGGAUUCUGGCCUAGGACCAGAUACCGAUCGACGAGCCAGUCUUGCCUACCAUGACAGUCAGAACCCAAUACCACCUUCAAUGAGCUAUUUCAGUAUUAAUCGUCAGAUGCAGGCGCCAACGACCGAUCACCGAGGUUCAUACGAUAGUGCUGUUCGUUCUCAGGCGGCCUAUGGUGGUGAUUACCACUAUAGGUCGAGAAUUGCCAGCGAAAACACUGCGGCAUACACGACAAGGCCCCUUACUCACAGCAGCCGGGACAGUCGCGAGUUCCAAUCUCCUACCAUCAGAACGCAGCCCACUUCCUCUGUCAAUCAUCACGUCUACGGAUCCGGGUCCGCACAAGACCAAACUGGCAUCUCGUAUCAAAGUCCGGCACAGCGUCAUUACCAUGACAUGGCAAACGGCGCAAACGCCUCUACCUACCCAGUAACGCUCGAUGAGGGUCCCUACGCCAACGUUCAGCGCCCGCAAAUCCACCAGCCUUCUUGGUAUUCUUCCGAAACUGGGUGGAACGCUGGGAUCGGCCGCUCUAUGAACCAAUACCAGCAGUACACAUUGGCCGAUGCAGACGAAACUAGCCUCCAUUAUUCGCACCAGUAUCAUAAAGAGGAGAUUCCAGAGCCUUCCGGUGCUGAUCUAGUAACUGGCGAAGUGGUUUCCACCGCGUACCCAACAGCGGCCUAUCGCUCAAAGCAUCAAACCGGAUAUGCUUCCCUGGGUGGGUUAGACGUCGACUACGCCGACGACAAUCUGCAAACACAUCAGUACAAAUGGUCGACAAACGAAGCUGUUGAUGAUCAGCGCGGUGCUCAAGGUUCUAGGAACGGCUUACAGGAGAGGGACAGGAUCCCUGAAUGA